CCAACUCGCGGAAACGCUUUCAAACGCGUUCAUUGCCGUCACUGCCGUCGCUUUCUCUGGGCGUUUCUAUAUUUUGUUCGAGUGUUCGUUAUUAGUGUUAGGUUUUUUUUUUUUUUGACAUUCAACGAUUUCAGGUGCGCGUGCCGGUCUCGUAUUGUCGACGUUUUCAAACCGAUCGCGGCGAUGGAUCCGUACGACAAUAAUCAUUCGGACAUCGACGACAACCGUCUUGAUGCAAAAGUUUGCGGUAAGUUAUAAUGAUUUAAUAAAUAAAAUAUCCGAUUUGAUAAAAAUUAAAAUGAAAACUUUGGCCAAAUAUCCGAAUCAGAAAAUGUUGUUAACAUAUUAAAGCAAAGCUGUAUAGUAAAUUUCGAAAAGCAUAUUAUGUAAGUAGGUAGUAUAAUAUAACGAUUGAGGUCUAUCGUUGUAAUAAUAGUACUAGUCAAAUGGUUUGGACACGCAUAUUAUAUUUUAUAUUCAACGGGAAAUUUUAACUGCUAUAUUAAGAGAACGUUAUACUCACAUCUACUGUCUCGGCCCAACUACUGGGUAACAUGCGAAAACGAUACUUACACAGUAUAAGUAAAACUAGCUUAAUUUUGAUUUUAGAGUUUCAGUACCUAUUAUGAAAUUUAUACAGAACAAUAUUUUAGAGGGAAUGCCAUAGGGUUAUAAGAUACAAAAAACCUUUUUUUUUUUUUUUUUUUUUUGAUUUGUAUAUAACUGUAACUUUAAUAGUUCAUAAUUCAAAAAACUGAGACUGUUGGACCGAAACAGUAGAUGUGAGUAUAACGACCUCUUAAAGUUAAUUUUAAAAUAUAAUUAUAUUAGAGGAAUCUUGUUAACGAUAAACGAUUUGGAGCGAAGUUCGGUUAUAAAUGAAGCCCCUAAUAUUUACGGUAUUCGUCAAAAUUUAAUUUUAAAACUCUUAUAUAUAAAAAAAAAUAUAUAUUAUAAUUAAUUUUUUUUUGUCAUCUUUCAUGAACCACCUAUCAAAUUUUCAAGCAUUUCUUUUUAGUUUAAAAAUUCUAUCCACAUUUUAUAGUAGGAACCAAAUAACCUACUCAAUAAAAACUACGUAAAAACUCGUAAAAAUUAAAAUGUAUAUAAAUAGAUUUAACCCCCCCCCCGCCAUCAAAAAAAAUUUGAUUUUAACAAUAAAGUUAACUACGCUUAGAUGCAAACGCGUAACUAUGAAUUUUAUGUAUUUAAAUUUAAAACGUUGACUCACCAAUAAUAUAAUGCGUGGUAUAGGAUUUAGGUACUAACUAUAGUUUACAAAGAAAAACAAAUGCUAGACAUUUUUUGAAACAAUUUAGAAAAGAUAACGUGCAGAAAAUCAUAGUAGGUAAUUAAUGUUACAGUGACGUAACGGGUUUUUCUCGAUUGUAUGGUAAAAACGCACUAAAAAAAGCACGCAAUAAUUAUAUCGGUUGUAAUAAUAUAUUAUGUUAAGGAUUUAGUAUAAUGAGCUGUUUUAUUGUUGUUUUCCCCGUAUUUUAUUUCAACAGUAAAUUUAAAACAUGAUUCCAAAUAUUUGAUUCUACCGUUAAACUCGUCGUAUCAUCAAAAAAAAAAUGUGUACCUAAUACAAGAACAAAAACAAAAAUUGCUCUCGAGUAGGCCACUGUUGUAUAGGUGAAAGUUCGGAUAACAGAUUGAUUUAGUUUAUGUAACAAUAAAUCAUUGCAAACGAAAAACGUUUCUGAACGGGAGUAAUAAAUUACUCGUAUGUUUUUCUUUGUUGCCAAGGUAACGUAGUCAACGAUUAAGAGACACCUUAAUAACUUAUUAUUUUUCCACUUUAUAAAAUUUUUAAUACAGCUAUUUUGUAAACUAUAUUGUUCUCACAUAUUUCGUGCGAUAAGGAAUCACAAUCAGCACAGUAAUUCUUUAUCAUCUAUUAAAUAUUUAUUUUUUUUUUCACGUCUAUUUGCUAUAAAUUAAAACUGCUAUUACUAAGAAACUAUUGAUUGGAUAUUAAUGUAAGUUGAAUUAAUAUUUUUUAGAAUAAUAUUUUAUACAAAAUUACUAUUUUGAAAAUCUUAAAAAUGAUAACAUAAAAAGUUAUUUUUUAUCAAUAGUUAAGAGAUGAAUAUAUAAAUUUACUUUUUCUCUACAUUUGUAUCCCCGUCGCACAAAACCCUAUUGAAAAAAAAAAUGAAUAUAACAGAAUUAUAACAUAAAGAUAACACAUUUUCCAUCGACCAUUUUUUUCCUUUCGGCCAUUUCAGUAUAUGGCCAUUUUAUUCGUGACCAUUUUUAAUUUGGUCAUUAUUUCUUAAACUCUAUAAAACUAAUAGCUUUUUCACUAGAGCAUCGUUAGAGUCGAAUUUUCCGCCAGUCGAAGUUCAAAUAUUUAUUUAUUUUUAAUAAUUUAUCUAAAACUAUUGCUGACCCGACACAAGGCUUUGCUAUCACUAUAUAAUUGUGUAAAAUUUAUAUCAAAAAUAAUAGAAAUAAUUUUAAUAGUUUUCUUGUCCAUGGCAAUCAAAUUUUCAUCUAUGUCACCAACAAAAAUAAAUAAAUAAACAAUUAGCUAUUCGUACCGAAAAUGCCUAACUAUUGAAAUUUUCGUAGGAAUCUCUAAUUUUUUUGAAAAUAAAAUAUAGCGCAUGUUAUUCGCCGAUAGUAUAGCUUUUUAUAGGUGAAAGAAGUUUCAAAAUCGGUUAAGUAGUUUUUGUGUUUAUCCAUUACAAACAUGAAAACUGAUAUUUUUUUUUUACAAUAAAAUUAAUAUUAGUUUAGAUAACUACAGUCACCUCAAUUUGGUUACAUUUUCUAUAAACGGAUAUUUAAAACCUAGUAUUUCCUAGUAAAAUCAACAGAUUAUAUCAAUGAUCGUCCUCUAUAUCGCAUGCUUCGUAGUUUUAAUAUAUCAGGUGGUUAGUUCUGGUCAUAGUUUUUUCUGUUAUUCAUACUUUUUAAUUGUAACUUUUCUAUCUGCUGUUCUGUAAUUAUUGCUUUUGGUGUUAAUAAAAUAUAAUAUUAAUAAUAAAAAUAUCCAAAAGCAGAUUUGACAAUGAGAUUCAUGGAUAUAAAAAUUUUGGUGGAUUUUAGAUUUUAACUAUAAUUUAUGUAUAUUGUAUACAUUUGUUAAUAUAUAGGCAUUAUAAAAAACACAAUACAGUGCGAUCGUCUCUAUGUUUGAACUAAAUUCAACAAAAAGAAACGAAUUCGAGACACAUGUUUUCUAACGAAAUGAAAUUUGUUAAACAGACAAGAUUGGAAUAGAUCUAAUCAAAAACGACACUGUCAGUCCGUCGCCACCUGCAUCUAGUGACGCAAAACUAACAAAAACUAACGCGUUCGUUAAAAUAAUCGAACAACCCACUGCUGUGAUUUCGGCAGGGUUUCAACAGUCGCAGAGAACCGCGAAAAUUUCAAUAUGCGGAGUUCACAGUACUUCCGAGCACAAAACCUAUCCAACAAUUCGGGUAACGCAACGUUUUUGUAAAUAAUUAUUGUUUUCUGAUCAUUUAAUAAUAUUAUCUAAUAGCACAAUAUUGUCCGGCACGACAUUUGACUUACAGUUAUUUGGUUCCGGAGGCAGGGCUGCUGUCGUCGUGGUGUCCUGCGUCACCAAAUCCAGACCAUUUCGCCCGCAUCCGCAUAACGUUGUGGGCCGAGAAAACUGUAAGAGAGGAAUUCGCACUGUCCUGAUGGAUAGCGAAUCGACGACAGAAAGUUUUCAAAAUUUGGAAAUACGGCAGUGCGCUAGCAGAGAAGAGGACAUACGCGACGCUCUCAAAGUACGAGAAGCCAUACGAGUGGAUCCGUUUAGAAGUAAGUACAUCAUCGGUUACUCAUCAAAAACUCAGCUAAAUUCGAUAUUAAACAAUUUUAAAAGACUAUAUCAAGAAAACUACUCCUUUAGGCAUCAAUUAAACAACAUAUUAGUCAAGACUAACAGCUUCUUCGCUACACUCAGAAUAUGAAAUACCUAAAAUACAGAAACGUCGAGCUGAACUCAAACUAAGAUUCUAUUUUUGAUAAUAAUUUAUUUUUAUUGACAUAUUGAUAUAAUUUAUAAAUACGCAAAUGUACAAUUUUAUUAUUUAAAUUAUUUACCGUUCACAUAAUUAUUCGGUAUUUACAUAAAAAUAUCAGUGAAGGACAAAAAGCAAAACUAUUUCACUUUAUUGAUUUUGUUUUUUGGAAGGGUUUUUUUUUUUAAUUCUUCUUUUAAACGAUAAAAAAAAAAAAAUAAUAAUAGAGGAAAUUUAUUUUGUUAACGCCGAGCGAGACGUCUGCUUUAUACAACUAUUUCGCAAAAUAUCCGUUUCUAAACACAAUGUUUAGUCGUAUAUUUUAAUGUAAAUAAAUAAAUAAAAUAAACUCAAUAACACGAAUGCGUAACAUAAUCUACGUUUUAUGAGUACAUAAUGUGGAAUUGAUAAUUUGUUAGUAAUAGUAGUAGAAACAUGUUUUAAUUAAUAAUGACCGUAAUUAUUAUUACCUAACCUUACAUGUCCAAUGGAAAUUACUAAUUGGAAACCAGCAAUUAUUCAACGAUAACGAGUUAAACACUUCGUAAUAAAUUACUAUCGGGUGAAUUUUUUUAAAUAUUAUUUCUCGCAGUUGGUGAGUGAUGUUUCAUUUUUUUUUUUCUGCGUAUGAGGUCAAAUUUAUCAAACGAAUACAAUUAUGGCGUCGUUGAUGGAAUUAUCUUAACUUGUGAUAAAUCGUAUAAAUUACAAAAACAUUUCACUAUCGUAACCGUAAAAAACUAAGCGGGCCAUUAGAAUAAUAUACGGAAUUCCCGAUAAUUACCCACUCUACGAGUUACCUGAAUGAAUAAUAUAUUGUUUCUCUUUUGUUCCAGAGAAGAAAGGCUCUAGUCAAUUUUAUAUAGUUUUCAAUACGAUCGAAAUAUAUUGUAUAAAAAAGACGUCCAAGGAUAAUUAGGACGGGUGCAGCCACUGUUAUAGGUAAUUUAAUGUAUACCUGUAAGGAACGAUAUAAACCAUUGCUUACGAAAAACCGAUUCUGAGCGGAAUUCAGUUGGUAGUGAUGCUUUUACAACAAUAUAUAUGCCAUAUUAUAGUAAAAUAAUUAAAUAGGCUGUACAUAAUUUUCUUUAAUAAUAUUUGUUUAAUGUUGUACUGGUUUUCCCAGUUGUUCACAUUUGCUGAGAAAACUCCGGGGAAAAUUGAAAAAUGACCUCUUUAAAGUACCUCCUAUAUAAAAUUUCCUUUCAGAAACAUUGCUAUCAUUAAAAGUUUGAGCAAAAAUUACUGGUAGAAAAGUUGUCCACAGAAAAAAAACUAAUAUUAUAUUUAUUAUAUUUCGUAAACUUUCCCGUUUUUUUGGUUUUUGGCAUUUGAUGAGAAAACUCUUAGGAAAAUCGAAAAAUAACUUAUUUAAUAUAAUUCCGCACACCGACUUCUUUUUAGAAAAGUUGCUACACGUAAAAAUCGGACGAAGUCCUCUGGUAGAAAAGUUGUCAAAAAAAAAAAUAAUAAACAUCUUUGUAAAACUAUAAUAUUCUUUGCCCAACUAAGAAUCUAAAAUUAAUAAAUAACAUAAUUACUAUAAGUGACUACAUUUCCUAUACUAAAUGGAUAAAGCUAAAUGCAGACGUUUUAAAUGGCUUAAACCAUACAAAUGCUAUGACUUAUGACAAAAAGUAGGUAUACAUAAGUUACAUAGUGACGUGAAAUAUUUUAAUUUCCAGUAAAACAUUUGUUAGAAUUUGCUUUGAACACCUAGGCCAUUCAAACCGACAAAAUAAGGGGGAGGGGAAUUAAAUAUGACACAGCUAUAUAAAAAAAAAAAUUCAAAAAUUGACUAAAGUCCUUCUUCCCCACAGGACAAAAGAUACAUAGUAUACAAAAAUUUAAACGUAAUAUUAUUGUGAAUUGUGAUAUUUGCGAAUGUUGAUGGUAAUGAUAUGUUAUGAUAUUUUUUAGCUGGAUUUUCGCAUAGAGAUUAUUCUGCAACAUCAAUCGAUCUCGACACGUUUCGGUUGUGUUUUCAAGUAUUCUUAAGAAGUUCGACAAAUGGGAAAUUCAUUACGCUCGAACCGGUGGUUUCCGAUGUUAUUUGCAUCAAUAACACGAGUAAGUUAAAAACCAUGAUCUAAUAUCCGAAUAAUGAUUCGCUAUAUAUUCUAACAAUAUAUAGGCCAAAUUUAAAAUCGAUGUAUUCCACAAAAUGUAUAAAUUUUUAACUUUUUUUUUUUAUCAUUUGGUCUUAUGUUAUUUUUUCCUUUUUAGUUUUUGAUCUAAAUAAUAUAAAUUAUGUAUGUAAGGUAUUGUAACUCGUAUUUCACUAAAAAUUAAAAUAUCUUAAGUCUCUAUGGUACCUAUACUAAAUGUUCGUCGAAAAAAGCCCAUAGAGUAAUGCAAUUAUUUGACAUAACUAUUUUAGCUAUUUAGAACGCCAUUCAGACCAUUAUGUCAUUAUGCCAUUUAUGCCAUUAUAACAUUAAACAAUUUGGUUGUAUUUGAUAACUAUAUAAAAUUGACCGAAACCCCACUUUCCUGAAUCUAAAUAUGUAUUAUGUUUAUUUUUAUAAAUGUAUUAUUAUUUCCCUGUUGGUAUACAGCACUUUGUAUUGCUAUAACAAUUGCAAUAUUGCAAUAUCUCAAAUAUGAUAAUGGAUAAACGCAAUUUGAACAGCUACGCAAUAUCCUACAUAAUAAAACGUUUACGUGUCCAAUAUAAUAUAGUUGAACAUUGAUGAUUUAUAAUCGUAUACUAUCUAAUCUGUUGUGUUGAUCGAAUAAUUUAAAAUUCAAUUGUAUACAUAAAAUGGUACGAUUUGAUAACUGGUUAUCUAUGAAAUAUCGAUGAAUUAAUGAUGAGACGUGGGAAAUAUUUAUUUGUUUUUAUUGUUUCGUUAUAAAUUAGUUAUUAUAGUACACAAAACCGGAUUUUUAUUACUAUUACUAUUAUUAUUACUAUUAUUUAAGUGGCCACAAAUUAUAACCAUACAUGAGUUUAUUGCUCGAGGAAAAUUUGUACGCGUGAAGGACGUAAAAAUAAAAAAUAAAAUAAUAAUCAUAAUAAAAAACACCGGAUCAUUGUAAAAAGAAUAUCUAGUAUACAUGAAAUUAUACUUGUAUUAUAUGUUAUGAAAAAAAAAAAAAUAAGAAAUAAUAUAUUCUAAUUCAACAGUACGGUUUAUGAACAUUGAGGAAACCAUAACGAAGUUGUCGCCUAGCGUCCUAAAACAAAAAAGGGAAUUUGUGUGAAACUAUCGGGUUUAUUAUUAUUAUUAUUUUUGUGCUUAACAGGCAUUUAAAGUCUUUUUCACGCUUCUACCAAGGCUCUCCAAACAUCACGAUUCCUUGCCAAUUGCGUGCCGAAAAAGGCAAUCGUGAGGUGGCCGCUCUGAUUUCUUUUAAGAGGUCUACUUAUUUGAAAAUUUUUAAGAAAGUGAUAAAAACUCAGUGUUAAAUCUCAAUGCAUAAUAGCCAAUGGGUGGGUUGUGGGUUCGACGGUAGGUAGAUAGGUGUUGAAAUAAAAUUCUUGCCUCUGAAAAUAUUUGAGUCCGUUACACCACUGUUCCUUGGUACACAUACCGAUAUCGUUACUCUAUCACCCACUUCCAUUGCAUUUUUAACGAUGUUAUCCAUUUAUUGUUUUACGGGACCUCUCCCUCGAGUUCUUUUUUUUUUUCGAAUUCUCCAUUUAGAUUUUUUGUGGGUCCACAUAAAUAAUUUUGUUUACGAGUGUUAACAAAACAUAUUCUUGGAAUGUGGACUAAGAGCAUACUGAACACAAGUAACAAAUUUAGAGUUGGUGUUUUGAUGUUUUGGAAAACAACUCGAAGUUAAACAUUUUAUUUAUAACAAAGUAUGCUCGAUUUACCGCACUUAUUCUUAUUAGUACCUCGUUAUUUAUAUUAUUCUUAACGUUGACGUUAAUUCCUAUUAGUAUUUAAAAUUGUUAAUUUGCUCAAAACAAUACGAUCCUAUUUUUAGGUUUUACUUGUUGAUGAAAAGAAUGAGUAAACUUUUUUACAUUAAUAUUGCAGUUACCAGAAAUUGUUGGUUUACGUCACGGAGAGUCAUCCAUAUUAAUGUGUUUUGUUUUUUUUAUGAUAGACUGCUAUGUACCGAAAAGGCAUACCGCAAAGAUGUUCGAUUGUCCAUCAUCGUCGAGCGAUGACCAGAAAUUUACAAAAAAGCCGUACAUCGAAAUACUCGAACAACCAGCAGCUAUUCAUUCGGAUCGUUUAUACGCGCGCGAAAGUGUAUCCGCUGUAAAAAUAGUCGGAGUUCAUAGCACUGCCGAAAACCAAACAUAUCCAACAAUUCGGGUAACCUACCAAAAAUUUGUUGAUCAUAACCGGUUACUGUUUGCCUGUGAAAUUGGAAGCGGUCACAAAAUAUAAAAUUCGUUGCCCUUCAAAGGUCAGCAUAUUAACACACUGCACCGUAUUUCAGACCCGGUCGCUAUUGCUAUAUGUAUCAUCCGGUAUAUGAUUGUGUUUUAAAUAGGUGUAAGUAUCAACUCUGUUACUAAAGCGUUGAUCAGUGGAUAUCUCAGUGGGUUAAAGCGAAAACUGUGUAAUGAUACUGGGCUCGUUUUUUUCUCUGUGACCCACCCGACGUGGUUUUAAUAACAAAUUCCGACAUGAGCGAGCAGUAAGCAUAACAAUUACGAAGCAAUGAAUAACACGCUUGUUUGCCGCUAACAGUGAACCGUCCCCCGCACUCUAAAGAUUUCGACUACAUUGAUAAGUAUAUCGAGCAAAGCAUAACAAGCGAAAAUGUCUGAAAUACGCGGUGCAGUAUGUUAAUACGUCACCGGUUACACUGAUUAAAAUUCGGUCACAAGAUUGUGUUACCAUCUUGGACGAAGUGUGACGUUUGGACAUAACUUUCAAAAUUAUAAUUUCUCCUUAUUAUUAAACUCUCAUUAUUUGGCAACCAAUUUGUUAUCUCUUUUCAUGGUCAUGAUGUAGGUAAUUAAAUAAUCAAUUUUAUUUAAUUUUGGAAAUUUUGGUUUCAAAUGUCGAAUUUAAAUUUUCGUUUUAUAUACAACCAAUUAGAGAACAUAUUCACUUAUAUUGAUAGUUUAAUUGAAGUAGGGGGUACUUGGCGAUGUGGGACAAGUUUUAAACGAUAAUCUUCAUUACCGAUCACUAUAGGUUUAUAACAGUACCAAAAUGGUUCACUAUCAAUUUAUCAUCAUGGAUAUUACCAUUUCAGAAAACACAAACAUUUCAUUUUAAAACGUUUGACUAUAUAUGAAUAGGUGAGUUUGAAAAUAAACGCCAAAAGUAUACUCUUUAAUGUUCUAUAUAAUUAUAAAUCGUUAUAUCAAUUUAAUAUAAUUCAACUGUGCGGUAAAAUUUGGUAACGUGGUUAAUGUAACAACAUAAUAUGUAAUUAAGUCGUCCAAUCGAAUUUAAAAGCGUUAAAUUAUUAAUACUAUAGGAUUAAGUGUAAAAUCACCUUAUAUCUCUUCGAAAUAUACGGUUAAAUACAACUUUUGGUUACAGUUGGUGGGUUCCGGAAGUAAGGCCGUCGUCGUGGUGUCCUGUGUAACCAAAUCCAGACCGUUCCGCCCACAUCCACACAAUGUCGUGGGUCGGGAAAACUGCAAGAAAGGCGUUUGUACCAUUGUAAUUGAUAACGAAUCGAUGGCCCAGAGUUUCCGGCAUUUGGAAAUACUGCAGUGUGCAAAACGCGAAGACAUUUACGAUGCGCUCAAAAUACGAGAAGAGAUUCGAGUGGACCCGUUUAGAAGUAAUUAUAAAAAUAAACGGACAUAUUAUACUUCACACGAUGUGUCAUUGUCGUUGGUGGGAUUGUGGUGAGUUAGGAAAGUAAAAAGUUACUCUAGUGUAUAAAAUAAACUACCCUCCGUUUUACACACUACAGUAUAGUUAUUUAAUCAAUAUAAUUUGUUAUUGGUAAUUUUCAUAUGUUCGAAAUAUUUUCUAUUCAAAUAUUACUAAAACAUUAUUAUUAUAGUUAUAACUUAAUUGUUUAUUAAUUAUAUCUAUAAGUACGUAAACCACUAAACGUAUUAUUAAUCAUUUUGAUGAUACGAUAAUUUUUCAGCUGGAUUUUCCCACGGAAAUAAUCCAACUACGAUUAUUAAUCUUAAUGAGUUCAGGUUAUGUUUCCAAGGAUUUUUGAAAAUUCCAAAUGAGGGAAAAUUCGUUGCACUCACACCGGUCGUUUCUGAUCCUAUUUAUUAUUAAGAGAGAAGUAAGCUUUCUAUAUAUUUAUUAAAUUAUACCGAAUAUUCAAGACGUGUUAUUAUUACAAUAAUAAUAAAAUUUAAAAAUCAUAAUAUUGCAGAUAAAUCGACAAAUUAAUUAUACUUGCUGCUGCAUAAUAUAAAUAUAAUAUUUUAAAUUCAUCUGAAUCUUCUCCGAUAGUAAUUUUUCACUUUUUCGACUACUCUUUUUGGGGUGAUUGAUCAAAAUAUAUCUAGUGGGCAAUAUCCCUAAUAGAAAUAUUAUGGGAUAUUUUUUUUCCUAAUAAAAAAUGUAUAAAUUAUAAUAGUUAAUACAUACAUAUCGCGAACUUGUUCAGUGCAGCCUUUUACCUUUUAACUAAUAAAAUAAAUAAACUAACAAUUUAUGAAAUAUAAAAUUAAGUAUUAAAAUUUAUAUUAUUUGAUAAAAAAUUCAUUAAAAAUAAAACCAAUAAUGUUAACAUUGAUAAGAUUUUUUUUAAUAGAUAUUUUUAAAUAAUAUUUUCUUUAAAAGAACUUUCCAUUGGAAAAAUUGUGUAUAGGAUAUAUUUUUACCCGGAAACGUUUAUUGGUGUACAUACAUUUUUACGUUGUCGUUUGGGCUAAUUUAGCGAUAAAUAAUUUUAACGUUGAUUUUUUUUAAAACUUUUAAAUGCAUUUCGUGAAUUUGAUAAUAAAUUUGUAUCCAUCAUUGCUUAAUCAAUAAAAGAAUUUAAAAACAGACGAUAGGUAUUUCAACGAAAUUUUCGCGGUAACCUUAUAUAUUGUAUAGUCGGUCAACAAUAUAAAUGACAAUAUUGUAGGCUUUAAUAAUUAAUUCUUCGGCUACGCAUUGUUUUUUUCUACUUUAUGUCUUUAUUCUGUUUUUAAACUUAGAUUCAAGCCUUGACAAAUUCAUCAUCCAUUCUACUGGCUAAAAAGAAUAAUACUAUGUUCACACUUAAACAGCAUGAUGGAAGACACCGCGUGAGUUCUACCUGCCAGUUUGUGUGUUCAUAGUUAUUGCGCUUUGCGGAGUUCGUUCCAAGGACUGUAUCUAUAAUAAUAAUAAUAUACGACUAUGGUGACCCUAGUGUAGUGCACAUUUGUAUUUAUUACGUCGGUCUGACCAUAAUAAUUUAUUGUGAUUUAUGUAUUUUUAAUAAGUCCGAUAAUAAUAUUCAUACAUACUAUGUAUUUCGAUAAAUAAAUAUGGAUUUUUAAAUGACAGAUC